AUGAAUAUUGCCGAGGACCAGUUCCCGAAUGCCGCAGGAUACUACAGUGCUGUUUUGCGAGAGAAGGAAGAUGCACACAUUGCUGCCGCUAUACAGUAUACCGUCGAAUGGCUCAAUCAACGCGGGAUCUAUGGCGAAGUCGAGUAUCUCAUCGAUUAUUUGGACGAUAUCGAUCACUACGAUGCUUUGAAGAAAGCAUGUUCAAUGUUCGAGCGAGAUAAAGUGAUUGCACUCAUUGGUAAUUCACACGCUUUACUGAACGCUCAGCUGGAGAGAUUAACAGAUCAGCUAGAUAUACCAUUAUUGACGGCACUGGACGAUGUUGAACGCAAUAAUGGCAAUACCAAGGUGGGUUAGUC